UGUGCACCAAAUCUGCCAGCAUUGAAGUUUUGGAGGGUUUUUGGUGCGUGCUGGAGGGCUGGCGUCACUCAGGGCAGGGCGGUGACUGGCUUGGGAGGGGGCAAAGCCAGACCUUAAAUCCCAGCAGGGCAGCAGAGGCAGGAAAUCUGUGCUGGCUGACUCCGUGGGCAGCGCUCGGUGCUGGGGCAGGCUGAAAGGCGAGCCCUCGACGCGUUUCGCUGUUCCCAGAGCCAGCAGCCAUGAGGAGUGUCCUGGUGUUUGUCUGCCUGCUGGGGAUGGCGUGCGCCUUCUCGGUGAGUGCCAGGCCAGGGGGGACCCCCAGGGCUGCAGCAGGGCUGGUCCCAACCCAUCUUUUCCCCCAGGUCAAGAGCUGGCUGCGGCGACCCAAGCUGGACCGCUCAGAGGAGAACGCGGUUUUCAAGAGCCGGCACCGGCAUUACCUGUACAGGUACAUCUACGUGUAUCCCCCGCAGCGACGGUACCAGGGCAGUGACUCAUCCGAGGAAGAGGGGGAUGGCUCGGAGGAGGAGGAAGGGGGGGAGCCAUUUUAUGCUGGCACCAAGGCAGCUGGACACCCUGCUGGAGCAGCCCCUGGGGACUGCCAGGGUGCCCUGGGAGGAGACGUCACAUCCCCCCAUCAGGGCAAGGGCUGCCAAGAGACCCUGAAAGGGAUCAGGCAGAGGCCUGCCAGCAAGGGGGAAGACUCUGAAAAUGAAGACAGCGAUGAGAAUGAGGAGGAAGAGGAGGAAGAGGAGGAAGAAGAAGUAGAUGAGAACGAGAAUGGUGUCAAUGGCACAAGCACCAAUACCACAGAGAGUAUUGGACCUCAUGGCAAUGGCACUGUGGUGGCUGAGGAGGGCACUGGUGAAGCUGAGGAAGAGGAGGAAGAGGAGGAGGAAGAGGAAGAAGAGGAAGAGGAGGAGGAGGAGGAGGAGGAAGCCGAAGCCACCACCAUCCCAAGCACCACCAACGAAGAGGGUCUGACCCAGGCGACCGCUACGGAUGACGGGGUCCCCAUAGAUGCCACCACAGAUGCCACCACAGAUGCCACCACAGCUGGGGAGCUGUGGGAGUACGAUGUGACAGCCAGGGACUACAGCCAUGGGGACGAGGGCACCACCGAGGGCGGGUACGAGGAGCAGGACGAGUACGCACGCGGGGACAGCUACCGGGCCUACGAGGACGAGUAUGGCUACUACAAAGGGCACGGCUACGACGUGUAUGGCCAGGAUUACUACUACAACCAGUGAGCAGGGGGACAGCCCUGGUGCUGUCCCUGCCUGCCCCAGCCACUCAGGAAGGUGAAUCCAAAGGCUCCCCGGAGCCACCGCACACCAGAGGGGACGCCAUGCACACUGGCUCCAUCCCAGGCUUUUUCUUUUUUUUUUUUUUUGUAUCUUCCAAGGUGAAAUGAAAUUAAAUAAAGCAACUGAACUGAGCUUGUUGGUGACAAAAGGUUUGCUGCCGAAGUUUUUGGGGUCAGUGGGGCAGCACAACGCUUGGUGAGGGGCUGAGGGGCUACGGCUGUCCAUGAUGCUCAGGGCUGAAUCUUGUUAUUCCAGCUCAGAUCAAAUGAAAGGAGGGAGGAGCAGCAAGGCUAACUUGGAAAGUCUCUGUAGAGUCCCCUCUGCAAAAUGAAAGGGCGCUCUUAGGGACACUGCUGUGGGAUCACAGCCAUG